GGUGUCAUUAUUGUUGUUUUUUUUUUUUUUGCCUCAGACGAAUGCAAAAGCGGUCUAACAAUUUUUGUAACCAACAAACAUCAAUUAGCUUCGAUACAACAAUUUUGACCUUCUUAAGAUUUUGUUUCAACAUUUGGUUCCCAAAAGUUCUACACCAAUUAAUUAAUCUAUGACUUUACUACCCCUACACGUGCUUUUAGUAUUAGGAAACAAACUAUGCUUUGCUGAUGACAUCCUCAUAUUUACUGACGGCUCCCUUCACUCGAUUCAAGGGGUUCUGCAAAUACUGGAUGAAUUCAAAGCACUCUCGGGUCUCUCCAUAAGCGUCGAGAAAUCAAGUUUCUUCUCUGCUGGUCUCUCCAAAGCUGAAAUCCAAGAGACUGCUACCUACUCAGGCAUCCCGACAGGCUCCUUUCCCAUCCGCUAUCUUGGGCUUCCACUCAACACCAAGAAACUUUCCAUCGCCAAUUGUGAACCUCUCCUGCACCAAAUCAAAUCAAAGAUUAAUGCUUGGACUACUAAGUACUUGUCUUUUGCAGGUAGACAAGUCUUAAUCUCAACAGUCAUAGCGGGCAUCACAAACUUUUGGAGUGGGGCAUUCAUUCUUCCUAAGGAAUGCAUAAACCUUAUAGACAAAAUGUGCAAUGCAUUUCUCUGGAAAGGCACGUUGGAAGGUAAAUAUGUAGCUCGUGUUGCUUGGGACAAAGUAACGUUACCUAAAAAAAAUGGAGGUCUAGGCUUGCGGAACCUGGCGCUAUGGAAUAAAACAAGCACCAUCAAGCUCUUGUGGCUCCUGUUAUUUAAAACUGAUCCAAUUUGGGUAGCAUGGAUACAAGACAAUGUUAUUAAAGAUGAAUCUAUUUGGGAAAUAAAGCCGAGACAGAGCCAUACCUGGUUAUUCAAGAGACUGCUUGCGGAAAGAAAGACUAUCCUCCAGUGGAUUAGAUUAACUCCUGGUGAUGGAACCAACAUCAAAUUCUGGCUGGACCCAUGGACCAAGUUUGGUCAGCUGAUCUCCUUCAUUGGUACUAAUGGACCGCGACAAACAGGGAUUUCCAUAUCUUCUAUCGUCGCAGAUCACUGGAUUAAUGGUGCAUGGUCCUUUCGACCAGCUAGAUCACAACAGAUGGAGGAUCUACUAACCUAUCUCACUUUGAUUUCUCUCGCGGAUGAGCCAAGUGAACUCCAGUGGAUCAUCAAUGGACGGGUGCAAUCUUCAUUCUCUUCUUCUACCAUCUACCUAUCCUUCUUUGAUCAUGCCCCCACUGUUCCUUGGUUCCCUCUGAUCUGGCUAAAGAAAGGGAUCCCGAAACAUUGCUCCCUCACUUGGCUGAUGCAACUCAAUAGAAGCCCUACUCGAGAUCGUCUUAUUUCUUGGGGAUUACAAACAGACCCCCUCUGUCUCACUCUCUCCUGUCCUUUGCGGGAUCCAACCAGCACAAGUACCUCUCCAUCCUCUCCUGGCAAGCGAUUAUCUAUGAGAUCUGGUGGGAGCGUAACGAACGACUUCAUCGGGGAAGAUACCAAUCACCGGAUCGUCUUUGCCUUAAGAUCAACCGGCUCAUCAAGAACAAGAUAUCAUCUAUGCGACCUGACAUGAAUGCUCUUGCAAGUGAUCUCAUGCAACUCUGGUUCUCUUUCUCCAUUGAUGCUAACUAGAUCCUAAAUAGGGUUCUUCUCUUCCCUUUACGCUAACUAAUUUCAGACUGGGCUAUUUAAUUUCGAACUUUUUAAUUCUCUUUCUCUUCGGGCUUAUUUUACUAAGGGCACUUCAAGGGCAGGUUCUUAUGGGGUUUCAUUGGGCUAGUAGAUUGUAUUAAAGUUGGGAUUAUGCCACUUUUGCUACUAUAUUUUUAUUUUAAUGCAAGAAAAAGUUCAAAAAAAAAAAAAAAAAAAACAUCAUCUAAUCCGUUGAAUCACAACAAGUUUGACCUUCUAAAGAUUCAUAUUACACCAUUUGGUCGCUGAUACCACAUAGAGUUGUACAUUAAACAAACAAGCAUCUUGGUGCUACUCUUGCAUGUGCUUUUAGGAUUAAGAAACAACUACAACCUCUUGACUAAUCACUGAUUAACUGUAUUUUAUCUGUUUUGAGUAUUUAUCGAAUCAGAUUAUGUGUGUUUAUAUUAUUUAGUCAUAUAUCAUUUUUUAGGUUUUUUUAUUUAAAAUAGAACAAGUUCAUUUGGAUACAAAAUAGCAUAUGAAGAUGCAGAAUUGUGCAUAUUCGCCAGAUGUCUAACAAUGUAUAUAAGACCAAUGGAUAGUUUGAUCAUAAGAUAGAGAAUUGAAUUAUUUUAUAAUGCAAAUGGUUUGAGAUCGAUCGAACAGUGCCAUCAAAUGUUAUGCAUUGUUUACUGAAGAUUGAUAUGUAUACUAGUUCAAUAUAAGAAAAAUAAGUUUUUGUUUUAUUUAUUUUCUUUUGAUUUUUCUGAAUUCGAUUAUGACAUGACUUUGACAUGUAUCUGAUAUUUUGAGCCGUUAUUUAGGCAAAUGCAAUUUUCAUCAUCUUUUUUUUUACCGUCUUGUAUGCGUAGAUCACUAUUAUGUUUAAGGUUUCAAGGGAGUUCAUGGAUUGAUGAUUGUGAUUUGUUAGAAUAUAGUACAAUCUAACGAAUUCUUCAUCUAAGUUGAUUCUAAUACUUGAACUUGAUGGAUCACCAAGUUCAUGAUUACUAGAUUUUUAGUGCAACGAAAGUUAUUGUUUAAACGUUUGAAAAAACUUAGAUGAACGAAAUAUUUGUAGGAAAUGGAAGUCGAUAUUUUAUGAACCAAUAAAUCAAAUUUACUACAUGUUUAGAUUUUUGAAUUCAACAGAAUUUAGUCUUCAUAUACAUAUAUUUAAAUUUUGAGAGAAUAAUACUAAGGCCAUCUACAUUGCUAGUAUC